AUGGGUCCGUUGGCAGCUCCUGUUCUGGAAGGCCAUGACUGGAGCGCGCUUUGUGCCUGCAAAGCUUCCACCUGGUCUGUGCGCAGGGCUCCGGAAGAGGGCUGGGCCGCCUCUCCCCACACUGACUUUUCGGCCGCGGACUUCCGCGCUGCCGCAAACACCGAAUUCGGCCCGGGAACUCCCGGUCCAGCGCCGACUGCGCUGUCUCCCCAGCACCGCGCGACCCUGGACGGCUUCCCGCCUCCGCCCCUCCCGCUGCAGCCCACGCCCCAGCCACGGGGGGCAGGAGGCGGCAGUGGCCGGCCCUCCCCGUGCCCUUUUAAAAGCCUCCCAACCGAGGCCCCGCAGGGGGAUCCCGGCGGAGGAGGGAGCAGCACGCUGAGCUUCCGCAACAGUGCGCGGAGCGGAGCGCCCCGGGUUGCCCCUCCCACUGGUGCGGCCCGGCACUUCGGGUUCCCAGACGCUCUUGCUGCUGCCGUGGGGCUCCCCGCUUCCCCCGGCCAUGCGCCCCGGGUAGCGCGCCUGGGGCGCGGAGCCCACCUGGCGGCUCCCGCCGCUCGCCCUCGCCGCCGGCAUGCUGCACCCGCUGCUGCUCCAGCGCUCUGCCUGGCCGGCGGGCUACAGGUCGCCUGCGGCUGCCAGCUGCCCUCCGAGUGGAGACCCCUGAGCGAGGGCUGCCGAGCGGAGCUGGCCGAGAUCAUCGUGUAGGCCAAGGUGCUGGCGCUGCACGAGGAGAUGCACGGCCUGUACAGCUACCUGCCCUGGCAGUAUGAGGCCAGCGACGCGGGGCUCUUCUACUCCGCUGAGAUCGAGAUGCUGUGCGACCAGGCAUGGGGCAGCAUGCUCGAGGUGCCCGGGGGCUCCAGGCUCAACCUCACCGGCCUGGGCUACUUCUCCUGUCACUCCCACACCGUGGUCCAGGAUUACUCCUAUUUCUUCUUCCUCAGGAUGGAUGAGAACUAUAACCUCUUGCCUCAUGGAGUCAAUUUCCAAGAUGCCAUCUUUCCAGACACUCAAGAGAACAGAAGGAUGUUUUCUAGCCUUUUCCAGUUUUCAAACUGUUCACAAGGGCAGCAGUGGCAACUUUCUCAUGACUGGGAGGUUCAAGAAGACACUAGGGUCAUCCAGAGGACCCAAGGCAUGGUGGUUACUAAUAGACUUCCCACAGUACUUCUUCAUUCCAUGUGGACUCCUUCAAGGGCAGUGAGCAUCACAGCAUCCCUUGAACUUUGUCUGGCUGUGGUGAACGCAGUGCUGGCAUCUGGUGCCCAUUGUGGGCACAGGCGUGUGACUCAUUAAUGAACUGGAGAGGAAAGCAUGAGUGUUUUGUUACCUGGUAGUCACUACAUGAUGGAAAACUUGGAAAAAAUGGAACUGUUUAGAGGUGUACAGAGCUUUCAUUUACCUCAUCCUUCCUGCCAACCCUCUGUCAACCAAGAACCAUGUGGAAGAAACAAGGAAACACCAGGGAGAACAAUGUCUUCAACAGGUUGUAACCAUGUCAGACUUCAC